CUUUGUUGCAGGCGGAGCGGCGGGCGCCGCGCACAAAGGAGCGCGGCCGGGGUACCGCUCCCGAGUCCCGCAACGCCCCGCCCGGCCCUGCCCGGCCCUGCCCGGCGGCGGCGGCUCCCCGCGGGGAUGCUGAAGGUGCGCUCCGGCGCGGCGGAGAAAGGACGGUCCCGCCCGGGCGGCGCCGCGGGCUCCGCUUGAGGCUGCGGGCCCUUCCGCCGCCAUCCCGGCGCUCCCCCGCCGCCCCUCGCCAUGGUGGCGGAGAGCCCGGCCGCCGCUCGGCCGCCGCCGCGAGCGGGACCCCCGCGGGGGCUGUGCUGCGCCUCGGCCCUGCUGCUGCUCGCCCUCUCGGCGCUGCCCGCCGCCCGCGCCUCUCACCCGCUGGCCGCCGGCGAGUGCCAGGGCGGCGGCAAAGGGAAAGGCGGCAACUGCUCAGAGUUAAAUGUAAAAGAAUCUGAUGUAAGAGUGUGUGAUGAAUCGUCGUGUAAAUACGGGGGAGUGUGUAAGGAAGAGGGCGAUGGCCUGAAAUGUGCCUGUCAGUUCCAGUGUCACACAAACUAUAUUCCUGUUUGUGGAUCAAAUGGAGACACUUACCAAAAUGAAUGCUUCCUCAGGAGAGCUGCUUGCAAACAUCAGAGAGAGAUAACAAUGGUAUCAAGGGGACCUUGUUACUCUGAUAACGGCUCUGGGUCAGGAGAAGGAGAGUAUGAAGGAUCUGGGACAGAAGUUCAGAGAAAACACUCAAAAUGUGGAGUUUGCAAAUAUAGGGCUGAGUGUGAUGAAGAUGCAGAAAAUGUUGGGUGUGUAUGCAAUAUAGACUGCAGUGGAUACAGUUUUAAUCCUGUCUGUGCUUCUGAUGGAAGUUCUUAUAACAACCCCUGCUUUGUUAGAGAAGCAUCCUGUCUGAGGCAAGAGCAGAUAGACAUUAGGCAUCUUGGACACUGCUCAGAAGCAGAUGACACAAACGCAGUUGGAAAGAAGGACGACGGCAUGCAGUAUCGGCCAGAGGUGAAAGACGCCAGUGAUCAAAGAGAAGACAUUUACAUUGGUAACCACAUACCUUGUUCAGAAAGCUUUAAUGGCUACUGUAUACAUGGAAAAUGUGAAUUCAUUUAUUCCACUCAGAAGGCUUCCUGCCGGUGUGAAUCAGGAUAUACUGGACAGCACUGUGAAAAGACAGACUUUAGUAUUCUUUAUGUUGUCCCAAGUAGACAAAAGCUUACGCAUGUCCUUAUUGCAGCAAUAAUUGGAGCCGUACAGAUUGCCAUUAUAGUUGCAAUUGUCAUGUGCAUAACAAGAAAAUGCCCCAAAAACAAUAGAGGACGUCGGCAGAAGCAAAACCUAGGCCAUUUUACUUCAGAUACAUCAUCCAGAAUGGUUUAACUUAGUGAUUUUUAUACCUACAUUGACCAUGUGAUGUACAUUUUUAUUAUAUCUUUUUUUAAAGAAUGGAAAUAUUUAUUUCAGAGGCCUUAUUUUUGAACAUUUUUAGUGUAACAAUGUUGGUCUGUAUUCUGAAAGCAUCAGCUCUAACAGCUAUGGACUGUUUUAGUACCUUUACUUUUCUGUUUUUGAAUACAGUAGUUCAUUUUCUGUAUCUGUAUCACAUGGUUAUAUAAUAGACUUGUGCUUUAUUCAUGGAAUGUAAUAUUUUUGGGAACACAGAUUUAUUCCACCAAUGGUUGUAGAUUUAAAAGGGAACAAAAAAAAAAAAACAAACAAACACAAAACAACCAACAAUAAAAAGUCCACAUUACCUAGCAAACAAGGCAUGAACUAAAGGUAAAAAUGUUUACAGCUUACUUUUCUUAUGAGAAACUAGAAAACACUGUGUUUAAAUACCGUAGAUAUUUAAAUGUUUUUGGAAGUUAGUAACUGAUUUUUUAGACACUGCCUAUCGCAUGAACUGUGAAGCUGUGUGCUGUGUGUAGUUGUAAUAUAUUUAUGAAACGUGUGGGCUGGGUCAAAGCACUGCCAUCUUCAUUAAUGAUUCUGACAAUUUUUUUUUAAAGGGCAAAAUUAUGAAUUUCUUAAUUUGGGAAGUUGCCUGGUAGAGCAGAUGGCACAGGUCCAAAAGAAGUAGGUCUUGGUAGAUUUAGGGGUUGUAAAGAUUGGUGUUGAAUAAUUGAACACAAAUAAUUGGAAUAAAGCCUACUUUAUCACUACUGAAGCUGUUUUAAUACUUCUUAAACUUUUUUAAAGAAAAUACAUUGUUUUAACACCUACGAUGCAGAUUGUAUAGUGUUUGUGAUUCAAAUAAAUAAUAAUUUAAAAAAAAAAACAAACAAAAAGAACAAAUAAAAGUGAAUGAAUUACUA